AUGGCCGAUCAAUCCCAAGAGCAAAAGUUGGCGCCAACAUCUGGGCCAUCCACCUCAACCAGUCAAAAACCGGCAAGGAAACCUGUUAUUAAGACUGUUAAACAAACAUCUACCAAAACAGCAGUAACACCAACAAAACAGAGGACUUUAAGGCAGAAAAAAAGGCGUUGGGCAGCAAGACCUCCAUGCGCUUCGACAUGA